UUUUAGGCUGCCGUGACAGCCCUUGUUCGACAUUUGCGACUCUUUUGAACCUUCUUUUUCACACCACUCCGCCCUCGAAACUACUUGCCAGCUCCCACACGGCACUGCGGCUUUGCACAGCCUACGUAAUGGGUACCGCACCGCUUCACCCGUAUUCUUGGGACAGCUGAAGACAUCGCCGUCAUGGAUGGCUCGUCGCGCCUCUCGUUCGAUCCGUCCCGCUUAAACAAGGCCUCUGCUGCGGAGUUCUCGUCGUCUGCUUCCGAGGAAGAAGAUGAUUAUGUCCUGCCUGGUGGUACCGAUGACAACGAUUACGGCGACCUCAACCCUCGGAAACGGCGUCGCGUCGGGAGAAACAACAAAGAGAGGGCUGCACUUGGUAUCUUUGGCUCUGACAGCGAGGAGGAUGGCCCAGGCCAGCGAUGGAAACGAAAAACUCUGAGGAACAAGGGCAUGAACUUCGUUUCCUCAACAGCGGAAGCGGCAACAGGCGCGGACGCCAACGGGGACGAACCCGAGGACGAAGACGACUCCGACGACUACAAGCCCAUUCUUGACAAGGGCAACGCCCCCCAGAUUGAGAACCAUAGAAACGACGACGAUGACGACGACGAUGACGAUGACGGCGGUGGAGUUGGCCUGGGAUUCGCCAGUGCUGCCCACGGCUUAGGUUGGACACAGCGGGACCAGGGAAACGGUUCACAGCCACCGCAUCUCCCAUUCCAAACGAAGACCAACUUUGACGGUACCAGUGUCCUCGGUCGCGGCUUUGUGCCAUCUUCGGCCUCCGUGCCGGUGCUCAAGGAGCCGGCGGAAGGGGGAACGCCCCCGCCGCAGAACAAACCGGCGCCCAGCGCAUUUGGUGCCAAAGGGAAGAUUAAUCCAAAGUCUUUUGGAGCUCGCAUGAUGGCCAAGAUGGGGUACGUUGAAGGUAAAGGCCUCGGAAAGGAGGGGCAGGGACGCAACAUUGUGAUAGAGGCCAACCUCCGGCCGCAGGGCGUCGGCCUGGGCGCCGUCAAGGAAAAAUCAGAGCAGGAACGGCAGGAGGAAAAGAGGCAAGCCCGUUUACGCGGCGAAGAAGUCGCUGAUUCAGAGGAGGAGGAGAAAAAGAGACGGAAGGCGAAGAAAAAGGUCCUCGGAACGGCUGGCAGCAGUGCCGCGAGCACGCCCCGGCGGCAAAAGAAGAAGUACUUGACAGCCGAAGAGUUCAAGGCGGCGGCGCCGGGUCUGAACAUUCCCGAGGCCUUCACCCCGAUACUAGACAUGACGGGCCCGGAGGGCAAGAUGCUGACGUCGACGAGCGGCGUCAUGACACCAAAUCCGGGCGUUUCGGAGAGUUCCGAAGUCAUCGAGGCCAGAAAAUUGGCUAGGCGAGCACAAGCCGAUCUGUCAGCGUUCUCGGAGGAAUGGAAGAGCCUAGAGGAGCGGAAGACAUGGCUGGACCUGGAAUUGCUCGAGAGGGAGCAAGAAAUGAGUGACUUGCGGUCCGACUUCGAACGGCUACAAGGUUUCUCGACCCUGGUUCAAGAAGAGCUGGCGCAGAAUUCGGACUGGAAGCAAGUGAUCAGCUGCCUUCAAAAAGCCGUUGAAUUGGGGUCAAUCAACACGGAGACUGCAGACCUUGCAGUCGCGACCAUUCAUCCAUUUCUAAGAGGUACGGACUGGGAUCCUCUGGCGAAUCCGACGCGCUUCGCGUCGGACCUCAAACAGCUGUCCAGCCUGUUUACGAAAUCGGGGUUGAACAACAACGGCCUGUCGGUCAGCAAAUGGGAGACCCCAGCGGCACAGACCGAGGGCGUUUACCGGCGACAUCACAAAGCGACUACGCCUUACGAAAGCAUGAUGUACAAAUGCUGGCUGCCAUUGGUCUUGACUGCGGUUCGCGAGUGGGAUCCUCUCGCACCAGGAUCAAUGCUUGACCUGGUUGAGAGCUGGAACGAUCUUUUGCCUGCCUUCGUCAGGGCGCAGCUCAUGGACAGCAUCGCACGCAAACUCGAGGCGGCAUUGUCGGACUGGAAUCCGAAGAAGAAGCGCCAGACUCAUCAUCUACCGCACACGUGGCUGUUUCCGUGGCUUCAAUACCUGCCGCCGUACCACCUGAACCCCAAAGGCACUGGCCUGGUCGCCGAUGUGAAGAGAAAAUUUCGACACUUGAUCGAUGCGUGGGAAUUCGAGCGAGGGGUGGUACCAGGCCUGCGACAAUGGGAGGAUGUCAUGGGGGACCAGUGGCAACCGCUCAUCAUCUCGCACGUACUCCCAUCGAUGGGUUUGUAUCUGCGCAGCAACUUCCGCGUAGACCCGGCGGACCAGGAGCCGUACUUACCCAUCCUGACAGGCGUCUUGAAAUGGCAGUGCUUGGUCGGUGGCGCGGUGAUGGGUGAGCUUCUCGUACAGGACGUGUUCCCGAUGUGGUAUGCCAAGUUGCGGGAGUGGCUGGCAUUGGACGAUGCAGACCUGGGCGAAGUUGCUGAGUGGUACGCGUGGUGGAGGGGAUCUCUGCUGCAAGAUUUGUCGGAAGUCAAGGGUGUGAGCAUGGAGCUGGACAAGGGGCUGCAGAUUAUGAACUUGGUGUAACGACACUACGCAGAAUAAACGGCGAGCGCAAGCUACUCUCUUGCACCAUUUACGGACGCUUUUGGGCAUUGUGAAAGAUGUAGAUUUACCCUGAAUGGCUCGUCGCAGCGGAAAAAAUUACA